AUGACAGAACAACCAGCCAUUCCUUCGCCCUCCCGUCGACUGGAUCUCCAGAAGGAGCUCACAUUCCAAAGGGAGACCAUAAAACUGCGCAAGGCAUUCCUAAAUGUAUACACCUUCGAGUUAUUUUACAGGAAAAACUUAAAGUUAAAAAAUAACUGCUUGAAAAUAAUUAAAAGGGAGGAUGCUAAGAUGAGAAGUAACUUCCAAGAUCGGGAAACCAGUCCCCGUGAAAUGUCGUUGCAAAAAAGGCUAAACUGCAUUAACCAUGAAUUUACCAAGACACAUCACGUGAAGGGAUAUUACCAUGUAGAUGCAUUGGAACUAAACAGACACGUCUGUUUCUUGGAGAAAGAAACCAUGAACAGAUUCUUAUUCAGUCUUCGCAUUGAUGGGUCCAACUAUUCAUUUGAUGAUGAAGACACUUAUCUUUACUGGCUAUUCGUCAGAUUCGUGCGGUGCAUCCAGUUUUGUCGUCGUCACUUUGGAAAGAGAAAACACAACACGAUUAUUAGGAUGAGUAAAAAACGAGAGAUCAGCCCCCUUUUCUGCGACGCACGAUAUGUAAAAAAAUUCUGCGCUUUCAUUGCACCGUUUCUGAAAAGGAACAGGGGUAAUCCCCAUUUCACAUUCCUAAAAGAGCAUCUUCACAGUUUAGGCUUUACCCACAUGACCAAAUCUAACGGGAGGGAUAAAAACUCUUCAUGUCCAAGGUUCCUCCGUUAUAGUAUCCAUGUUGGCACUCUUCCAAGUGAUCAUAAAAAAGGUAUUAGCAGAAGGAGGAAAAAUUCUCCAACAAACUACAUGGUCCUACCUAUUUGUAUGGGAUAUCCCACGUAUAAUUUGUCUAUUCAUAGGAAGAGGAUAGGUACCUUCCCCCUCAGUGUACAUGGAGAGUACCUCAAAUGCAGACAAGAGAAAAUCAAAGUCAACGGAACAAAAAUUAGCUACACUAUUAGACGAUUUGUUUCGGGGCAAUUAUACGAAAACUUGUUGAAUUCCAUUUUCAACUCCCUGGUUAGUAAAAACGGGUUCUUUAAAUGGAACUCCUUUUGUGAAGACAUUGGUAGGAUUUUCCAUUCAUGUGAGGAAAAGGAUAAGAAUGAGGAGGCGUUUUUCUCUAGAAAAAAGUUCCACGUAGAAGGAAGCUCCUUUGAAAUGAGGGAACCGAAGCAGAGUGAUAUUUCCGAUUGUCUAAAGGUGUUUUUCAGACCUGUGCAUAAAUACCACCGGAUGGACGCAAGAGACGAGUUGAUUUUUUUACAAAAUUAUAUUCGCAAUCUGCUACAGGAAGAUGUUAGGAAACUCCUCCACAUGACCGUCGUGAACAUUGCUCUCCUGUGUGAGCAUCUACCCCUCGGGUAUCUCUUUCCUCUGUUCCUUUUUUAUUUCCUCUUUUUAAAUAUCCCUGUGGGAAGUAGUAAAACGGGGAGAGCCGAUUUCUCUCUCCAUUUUCAGUCCACUAAUCCGAAGCAACGCAAUUGUGAAGGACCAAACCAUAAUGAUCAAUGUGCAGACCGAUGUAGUAACCCCUCCAGGGUGGAGGCAAAUGGAGUGAAAGAUACGGAGAGGUGCUUCACCACGUGCCUCCUCUGUUUGUACCAUACAUUACGGAGGAACAAAAAGAUGACCCCACUGGAGAAAAAGAAACGGUUAGUGUUCAUCGUGUUGGAUACCUUGCGGAAGUACUACGUCGAUCCUAUCGACCAAGAGGAAUCCAUUUUGAGUCUUCACUUUCGCAGUGUCGUGAACAGUGCGUGCAUUCUUCGCGAGGGACAAAUGCACCUUAUAUCAUUUAAAGAGGGAAAAGGAGAUGAAGGAAAUAUCCAUCAUUGUCCCGUUGUCUGCCGUGCAUGCGGUAGAUACAACAAUGGGAAAUGCAUCAAACUAAGAGAAGGGAAGCGAACCAAUUCGGUUAAGACGGGGAAGAGGUCUCGGUGCCACGAUGUCCAAGGGAUUUUCCGACUCUGCUUCCAACAGUUGAACAGGAAGGAUUCCAUCUUAAACCACCUCGGUGAGUUAAUAAAUCCGAAGGGGAAAGAAGGGGGAGAAAAUAAGAAGAAGAUCGCCUGGAAUUGUAAUACUUAUUCACCUCCAUGCGAAUUGUAUUCUAUCCCGUCAAGAAGCGAGAGAAAUGGACAAUCGGAUAGGUGCUUCUCCCGGGGAAUCACAUCAAAGAAGAAUAACCCUUCAAGCCGAUUUCGGAAAAAACGAGAUGAAAAUAGUAUAGUAAAAAAAAUACACCAACUAGGUGCAUUCCACCAGUUGGAAGACAAACAGAGAGUGUUCCUCCACCAGGACAACUUUUUACAUGAAUACUUGCAUACUGAAGGAAAAACGUUUUUAGAAAAUCUGAAGAGAUUUUUACGACCCUUAUUGAGUGCCUUAUAUAGAGAAAGCAUCGUGCAUGUGAACAUGUAUUUUUAUUUGUGCAUGGUCCAGUCGUUCCUUACACUUCGAAGGAGGGAAAUUUCACCAAGGUGCAUGAAUCGUAAAGGAAGAGUAGCGUUAGUUACACAGACACGCACAGUGGCACGCACUACAAGUGUGAACAGGCAUUUCCCCAGAAUAUACCAACGGGGAUGGUUUUGUAAGCCUGUUGAGGAUUACCUCACAUGUAAGUUCCAUCGAGCGCUGCACCUUCUAUGUACACACAGUGGAAGCAUUUCUAUCGCAAAAAGGGGAUUAAGGGGAAUCACCUCGUAUCUGCAAAACAGUGUGAAGAACUUAAACGUGUGGCUGCUCCUGCUGGUGUACAGACUCGCCAAUGCGAUGGACGUACACACCUUUGUUGGAGGCACUUCCCCGGGGGUCAUGAGCAAUAUGAACAGAGGAAUCAACCUCUCCCUCCACAGAAGAAGCAACAUACAUUCCCAAAGGAUACGUAUAUCGGAAAGCGAUAAAAUGAACACAAAACAGAAGCACAGGAGGAAUAUCCGUCCAUACAUACAAAGGUUGCUUAAAAGUGGAUCGAUACAAAACUACCAUCUAUAUGAAGACUGGGAAGGAGACUGCUUUUACAUUCAGAGGAAAAAAAAUCUUGUUAUUUUUAACUUAAGAUCCAAAGAAGGGGAGAGAAACUUGGUGGAUUCUCCAAAUGUAUACUACAGAUUUCAUGGGAAGAAUUAUUUUGUUCACGAAAAGGAUUACAAGACAAGGAGGGCAUAUAAAAUAAAUUACGUAAACGUUUGCCUACUAUUUUAUAGGUAUUGUUUUUUUUUUUAUAAGAGAAAUCCACUUGUUUUUUCUUUCCUCCGUAAUCGUGUAUUUUGCGUCUGCAACAGAUGCUUUGGUAGAUACUUGGUGUUGUGCAGGGAUUCAAAUUGCGACACUCCCCCCAUGGAAGAUAAAACUCACGACUGUUUUUACAAGCAAAUCGGGAUGCUCAUAAAAAACCGAAAGAAUAUUUUCGUGCGUUACUUCCACUUUCUGGUUCUCUUCCUCAUCAUGCGGUAUCAUACAUUGGUUGGAAAUGUGCGCCACUCGGGGUUGCAGAGCUGCGUGCCGAAGCGCGUAAUGACCCUGCUACGGAGAAAGCUGAAAAUCAGGCAUGAGUGCUUCUCCUCUCCUCUCAACGCAGUUCUACCGUCCUACUGCUCGUUCUUCCCGGACAUCGAUACAUUUUUUGGGAGCUCGGGCAACUUCUUCGAAUUUCCAUUGCGCAGCGGAGCGUACGAAGUGAACCCCCCAUUCGAUGUGUACCUAAUUAACCAAUUGAUCGUGUACAUUUUGCACCACUUAAAGAAGGAGGAAAACGAACUGACGUUUUUUUUGGUCAUCCCGAUGUUGCAAGACAAGAAUUACUUUUUCGAGUUGCUCUUUGGGUCUCCCUACUUGUCUGCUCACUUUCUGUUGCCACGAAAUUCUUACACCUUUUCGACGAGACUGUUGGAGAGCAGGGAAGAAGAGUACAUUUCCACGUGCGACUGCUUCGUUUUUAUUUUGCAAAAUGAAAAGGCAAAAAUUCAAAAGGGGGUAAUUAACAAGAAGGUUGUGUUGAAAAUAAAGAAGACAUGGGAAAAUCUAAGUUACGUUAAACAAAAAAAAAAAAAAAAAGGAAUAAGCUCGACGGAUGGGUGGAUACAUUAUGAGGAAAGCGACUCAUCAUGGGAAUUCACUAGAUGUGUUUAA